AUGAGACCGUUAAAUCCAACUCAGCCUAGGAUCCUUCCACGGGUCAACACGAACAGUGAAGAUAACUUCAAUCACCUGUGUUCUACUUCUGAUGAGAAUGUCAGUUAUCCAACCAGAAAUGGCACUGCCGGCUCUUCCGUUGCGUUAAAUGACAGUUUCGGCAUGUCGAGCGACGUGUCCGCAACGACCGCUCUCGCCAGGGGCAACUCAGCUCAGAAACAAAGACAUGAGCGACGGGGUCACACAAAGAGUCGCCGCGGGUGUUACAACUGCAAGAAACGUCGCAUUAAGUGUCAAGAAACGCUUCCGGCUUGCGCACACUGUACAAAGACGGGACUGAAGUGUGAAUAUCCGGCAGUUCCCCAAGUAAUACACCAACCGCAGCAUCAGGUCCCGCUGUUCAGCCUACAGGAUAUGCGGUUCUUCCAGCAUUUCCUGUUGGCGUGCUUUCCCCAUCAGCCGAUAGGGAACGAAUACAUAUGGACUCACGAGAUCCCAUGUCUAUCACAAAAUUACGAGUAUCUCAUGCACGCGAUAUUAGGCCUCGCGGCGUCGGAUCUUAUGUCGCAGGACCCAAGUCUGGUCACCUUCGCGAUGUCGCACCGGCUGAAGGCAAUCAAGGCGAUUAAUAAGACGUUGAGCAAUGUCCCAAAGUCAAAUACCUUCGAGGAAGGUAAUGCACUUAUUGCAACCUGCUUCGCACUGACCUUCCAGUCCGUGGUCCUCGAAGACGGGAUGGCCGAAUUCAUGACCUUCUGCCGUGGUAUUAUACUUGUGGCGAUCCAGAUGUGGAAGUGCAACACUAAAUUCCUCUUCCACAAUCUCCACGAGAACGAGCCCGCCGCGCUCCUCCGCCCCUUCAUAGAAGCACUGCCCCCUAUCCGCCGCGACUGGGUCGACAUGGCUGUCUCCAGCAUCCGGGGGUUAGAACCCCUAUGCGGACACGAGGUCGAGUCCGAGUACUACCGCCUGCUCCUGGACAUGGCCACAGCCCUGCGCGAGUCGGCUUUCCGCGCCUACGAGAUCCUGUGCAAGCACUACGGGUGGUGGAUCCAGCUGCCGCACGCGCAGUUCCAGCGGCUCGUCGACCCGGAGAGCCAGACCUGCACGCUGCUCGCCGCGCACUGGAUCGCGGUCAAGCAGAUCAUGGCUCCGGUAACCGAGACCGAGCACCGGCUGCGCGCGCGCGAGCCGCAGUUCCAGCAACAGCAGGAAGGCGGGGACGAGAACAAGAAGGACGGCAGUAUGAAUCGAGGAAUGGUCCGAUGGCUCAGAUACCUCAACCGCCAGGUCGACGCCGAGCAUCGGCGCUACAAUGACUGGCCCGUAUGGGUCGUGGAGCAGCUCGACAGGGACCCGACGUUCUUCGGGAAGACGUUGCGUUGA